GUUUGAGGAACUUUGGCAUCCACAAUCGUCUUCUCCGCACUUUCGCAGUCGCAGCUUAGACACCAGCAAACCCUGUUUGUUGAUUCGGAAGAGAGAGAGAGAAAGGAAGAAGACGAAGUACAUAGAAAGAAUAUGGGGACUCUAGGACGAGUUAUCUACACCGUCGGAUUCUGGAUCCGUGGAACUGGCCAAGUCCUCGAUCGACUCGGCGUCCGCCUUCAAGGCACCUAUCCUCAGGAACACCUAUCCAGGCAUAGGACGCUCAUGAACAUAUUUGACAAGGCUCCUGUGGUUGAUCAAGAUGCCUUUGUGGCUCCUGGAGCUUCUAUCAUUGGGGAUGUUCGUGUGGGAAAAAGUUCCUCCAUUUGGUAUGGCUGUGUUUUGAGAGGUGAUGUAAACAGCAUCAGCAUUGGUGCUGGAACAAACAUACAAGACAACUCUCUUGUUCAUGUGGCGAAAACCAACCUUGCUGGAAAGGUCUUGCCCACUAUUGUUGGCGACAAUGUUACCAUAGGCCAUAGUGCUGUCUUACAUGGAUGUACUGUUGAAGAUGAGGCAUUUGUGGGUAUGGGGGCAACAUUACUAGAUGGAGUGGUUGUUGAGAAACAUGCCAUGGUUGCUGCUGGGGCCCUUGUUAAGCAAGAUUCAAGGAUUCCUUCUGGAGAGGUAUGGGGAGGAAAUCCUGCUAAGUUUUUGAGGAAGCUAACGGAAGAAGAGAUAGCCACCAUAUCCCAAUCAGCCUUAAACUAUUCAAACUUAGCUCAGGUUCAUGCAGCCGAGAAUUCAAAGAGCUUCGAUGAGAUUGAGUUGGAAAAGUUGCUGAGAAAGAAGCAUGCCAACAAGGAUGAAGAAUACGACUCUAUGUUGGGCAUUGUUCGCGAGACACCUCCCGAGCUUAUCCUUCCCGACAAUAUUCUACCCGAAGAAGCUCGAAACGCAUCCAAGAAAGAGAUUUUGAGUUAAGGAAAUCACCUAUAUUAACAUCCUGUGGCGGUUGUGGUGUCUUCUUUCCCUUUAAUGGGUAAUUCUUUCUUUUUGAGAACUUUGAAGAAUUUCGUUCCGAAUAAUAAGAAAAGAUCCUUUUGAAAUUCUAGGGACACGGUUUGGCGUCGCCCUAACUGUGGCCCAGUUUUAAAGUUUCGUUUUUUUUAUGUCAUGAAAUUUAGUCCA